AUGAUCAGAAGACCCCCUACUAUCAUUGCCCUGGAGGAGCAGGAUGUCGAAUCUCAUCUCCAGCGCAUCUAUCUCCGUCACAGUCUUCCAAUCGACUUCGAGCAGCUACGCCUGGACGAAGAUGAGAGCUUCGAUGACCUACAGCUGGGCCAGUCCCCCAUGAGCUCCUAUGUUUCUUCAGAUCUAUCCGAUGUGGACAUUGAUACCACAGAUCCCGGCCACGAAGGUCCAUUGUGUUCUGCAUUGUAUUCUGGAUAUACUUCCUCGCCAGAAGACCGGAGCCAUGCUUUGGUGGAUGCCACUCCACAGUCUAGAUCCGUGACAAAGUCAUGUCUCAAAUCACCAAUUUCAAGCAAGCAGCGGUCCUCGCUACAAAAGAAAAUUUCUUCUGAAGGACACUCGUAUCGAGCAAACCUUUUUGUUGACCCACCACGUCUCAAGGUGAAAUUUACCAUGCCACCGCCGGGACUCGAACUCCACAACGGCAAGGUCCAUCUUCCGCCUGAAGAAGGAGCAGGUACAUAUGUCAAACCCGCGAGUUUGAACCUCGGCUCCGACUCACAGUCUUGUUCCCGAGCAGACCGAGACCAUCGUGGGGAAAACGAGCCGAUAAGCCACAAAGAUACUAUAUAUACACCUAUGGCCAUUGACUCUCCAUCUUCGACGCCGCAGGUUUCAUUUCUGUCGUGUGGUGUGUCCUCGAGCCCGGCCACAAGUGUCCCACUCCGGGACCUAGCCUUAGCGUGCACAAUGUCUUACGAGGCAGCCUUGGCCGAGGAGACGGCCUCGCCAGCUAGCGCGAAGAACAUCAAUCCUAGCGAGGACUGCGGUUCCCGUGCCAAAUUCGUCACCUAG